CGUUGCUUUGUAAAGGAUGUCCCUCAGCAGAGCUCCGGCCCGGGACACCUCUGAGACCCCCAGCCCGAGAGAACGCAUCCGCAGCCACAUGAAGAUGGUGAUCGACCAGCUGGAAGGCAUUCUCAAGGAGCUCAAGGAUGUGGCCAAGGAACUCCGGGAGGUGGUGGGUCAAAUCGACAAAUUAACGUCUGACUUCGACUUUGACCUGGAGCCGGAUGAUUGGACGGUGGCCACAGCCAGCAGCACAUCCAGCAGUGAGCGGGGUUUGGGAGAAGCCUUCAGGCUGGACUUUCUCAAUGCAGAUGUGCUCUCCGACAGCUGGGAGUUCUGCAGUUACCUGGAGGCCGCCGGCGCGGCCGCCCGCAGGUCCAGCGAACAGCCGGGCGAUCUACGACAGGACCUGGAUCAAGGAACUAUCCCGACCCAGACCCUGACCCCCACCACACCCCCCACCACUGCCUCGGUCUACUCCCAGAUGAAUGGCGGGCUUCCAAUCCCCAAUGGACCACGCAUCAUUACUCCGGACUCCUCCAGCGAGGAGGCCAGCAGCUCCACGCACAGUCAAAAGACCUCGCGCACCUCUGGCACGCGAGAAAGAGUCCGCUUCAGCGACAAGAUUCUUUACCACGCGUUGUGCUGCGACGACGAUGAAGAGGAGGAGCAGGAGGAGCUACGGGAGGACAAGAGCGGCUGUGCCACACCAGACAGCGACACAGAGCCGGGUCUCCUGGGCAGCUCAGUCGCUCCCAAGCGUUCUUCCUCUGAGCACUCGCUCCUAUAUAACUGUCUGGACCCUUCCUAUGGCUCCUCGCCGGUGAAGGCGAUGACGGGAGCCCACACGCUACCCAGGAAAGGUCUCUUAAAUCCCGGCUGCCGCAAAAAACUGUUAAGAAAUAGCAGCACACAAACUGUCUCUGACAAGAGCACUCAAACUGUACUGCCCUAUAUUCCAACCAAACAGAAAGCAAAGGACCACUGAGGAAGCAGGAAAUCUCAUGAAGAGAACUGUGCAUUAUUUAAUAUUAAAUACAUAGCUCAUAGAUUAAUACACAAAUAAAUUACUAAAUAAAUAAAUGAUAUAUGGGAAAUCACUUGACUACCCAAACUCAUUCUGUGGCUCAGGGAACACACAAAAAAAAAUUAUAUAAAAGACAAUGUAAAGUCUAAAGAAGUCCAUCUAUACUCAGGUUAAAACUUCAAUGAAGAGACCCACGGUGGGGGAAAUUAUUAUUUUUGAUCUAUUGCUGAAUUUGGUUUUUAAUUUAGUGAAAUACAAAUUUGGUCCUGAAGCAAAACGUGAUUUAAUACUUGGUGGUGAUUCCUAAGUAGCACGGUGUUGUUGGUGACCAGAUUCACAGGAAUUUCCGGAGGGUUUUUUGUUUACGUCUCUUAAUUUACUCUACAAAUCCUAAAAGUUUUGAGGCUUUUAUUUUGACAACUCGAAGUGUCUGCUCCUUCAAAAGUCUACACCGUCAUUUCUAAAGGGAUUAAGAUCUAAACCCUGGUUGGAUCUUAAAGUUCACUGUAGAACUUUAAUGUGUUGCUUGUCAGGCUGCAUUCGAGUUACGAAGGAAGUGGGAACUCUGAGCUGGGUUUGAAGUCAAGGUAGCAGCGUUCUGGUUGAGAAGUUGAAAUUUCAAAAUAGCCACAAACAUUGCUUGCAAUAGGUCUUGUAAACAUUAUUUUAUUUGCUUUACUUUCCAUAAGCAAACAUCACUUUUAGUUUUUCAGGUUAGAGUUACAAGUUUUGGUUUUAGACACUUUUGCAUGUGUGUCUCGUAAAAUAAACAGGUUUCUACAGUUUCUUACUGCAGUUGAUGUGAGCAGCGGCCAUAUUGAAACCAGAAGUCCGCCUAACAAGUCGUAACUAAAACUGGAACGCACUAUUAAGCCACUCCCAUGUUUCCUUCACUUUAUGGUUUGGGUCAUUGUCAUGCUGGAAGAAACAUUCCUAAUUGGUCUUCAGUGUUUUCUACCCCACGUUGUGAGAUCUUGCAUGGAGCUCUAAAGUUGGGCCAACCCACUUUUAUUUUGCAUCUCUUCUGUUUUAAAGUUGUUGGACCAGCAGCGUCCUCUUUUUCACCGAGCUUCUUGCCAAUGUGGGAAAUCCAUAAGACAUCAUUAGACCUCUCUUUGGUCUCGACCAUGACAGUGGAAAGGGUUCAAUAGAUGUGGUGGAUUGCAGUAUUUGAUGUAGUUUUAACACAGUACAAGUUCAAACCAUUAAUUUUUUGGUAAGGAGAUAAACUGACAAAUUCAGCAGAAGAUCAAAUAAUUAUUUACCCCACUGCAUUAAGCUGAAGAGAGAGAUCUCAAAAAUCUUUCCCCCUUGUCACACAAUUGAAGGAGUCACAAGGAGAGAGAGAAAAAAAAAGCAAAGGUUUGUCUAUCAUGUGUAAACAAAACGCCACUCAUUCUGUACCCUAAAUCUGUAUAAACAUUGGCUUUUUUCAUGUUCUGGUAAUUUCAAAUGUCAGGAGGAUUAUUGCUUCCAGGAGGGAAAUGUCUCUAGAUGCAUGUGUCAAGGCGCUUCCUCCUCUCUUUGAUGUCAACAAACGACUCUGAGCGUAAAGUCAGAAAAACAACACCAUUUACCUUCGGUUUCAUAAACCAUCUCAUUGUGAUCGCUCCUUGGUCUGCCGUGGAGCCUGAAACGUAUGAGUGACAGGCAGCAAAACAGAUACACAGGCACUUCGGAAGUAGCGCUCCACAAAAGUGACAUUUCAAUUUUUGUCCUUCGAUGUGCCUGCUAGCGGCGACACUCAAUGUAGAAGCGGAGCUAAAUAGGAUUGGGUGGAUGAGGGGUUUCGGUGGGGGGAUGCGGGGGGAACAAGCGCUAAAGGUUUUGUCUCUUCAUUCAGUGGCCCAGCGGGGAAUUGAACUCGGUAGAGCAGCAUUUUAUUCACAGGGCCAGCGCCAAUAGCCGUUCCUGAUCAAUAUGUUAGAGGGAGGUUGCAGUGAGAGGUCUCUUUGCUGAGCGUGCAAGCCACUCUCCUGGGAUCUGUGAACAAAAACUCACAGUCAGAUCUAUUUACUUACACUGAGCAGAACAAAAAUUAGAAUUGUAGCCCUAAAGAACUGACAUUUCAAAAAGUGUGGGUCCAGGAGCGGGAGCCGGUGACUGAAGAAAAGAGUGUUCUCGCUCAAUGACUUCUCUUUACUUUAUUAUUUUCCCCCCCCUAUUUUUUUAUUUAUUUGCUUUCCCCACACACCAAUGUUCUACCCUGGGAAACAGCUUUGUGAGUGUGGUCCUCACACCCCUGUGUUUUCAGUAUUGAAAAGAAAAGUAAAAUGUUGAAAUCUU